UGUGAGGCGCGUGCUUAAACCGCCGUUUGGCCAUCCAUAGUAGGCACCGGCAGCAGCUUUUUCCAGAGUAUGCGAGAACCAUGUUCGUAUCCUUCAGUUUCCUGCCUUAGGAUUCUCUGAAGAAGAAGAAGAAGAAAGGAGAAAUUGAGGCGUCCAAACAGAAAGAUGCUGCAAUCCCCAGCAAGGCUAGGCCUCACAAACCCAAACUCCCCCUCCCUUCAAAACCCUACCCCACCCAAACUCCCCCAUCAACAACCACAGCAGCUCCAACCCUCCUCCAAUUUCUCAUCCGCCAUUAGCACCACCACCACCACCUCCUCCACCCUCCUCUCUCUCCUCCCACCUCUCCCUCGCGCGCAGACCCUUCUCCUCCAAAUGGCCGCCUUGGCCUCCAAACUCUUCGAGCUCUCGCCCAAUCGCUCCCUCUGGCUCACCGCCUUCCGCGGCUCGCUUCCUACCUUCCUCUCUUCCCAAACCCAAGCGCUACCCUCAACGACCCCACUCGAUUCCUCUCCCUCCUCCACCAAAGAAAUCAUCUCCCUUUUCAAUCGCCUCCAGACCCAGCUCUUCGAAGCCGUCGCCGAACUCCAAGAAAUCCUUGAUCUUCAGGAUGCUAAGAGGAAAGCCGCCCGCGAAAUCCAGUCCAAGGAUUCUGCGCUUCUUGCGUUCGCCAAUAAGCUCAAGGAUGCCGAGCGUGUUCUCGAUAUUCUUGUCGAUGAUUACUCUGAUUAUCGCCGCCCCAAGAGAUCCAAAUUGGAGGAUGAUAUGGAGGAGGAUUCUUCGUGCACCACAACCGUUGCGUCUCAGCUGAAAUUGUCGGACAUUUUGUCGUGCGCCCAUCGGAUAAGCUACACGACCUUUGCCCCGCCUGAAUUCGGCGCCGGCCAAGCUCCCCUUCGCGGGGCUCUCCCACCCGCCCCGCAAGAAGAGCAAAUGCGCGCCUCGCAGCUGUACAGUUUUGCUGAUCUCGAUGUGGGGUUACCCAAAGCAGAAGAAAGCGAGAAAACGAUUGAAGCUAUCAUUGAGCCCCCGGCUGCACAGCCAGCGGAGGUGAACCCUCUUUCGAAUCUGAGUGCAAUUCAGGGUCUGCUUCCACCGAAUAUCACUGUUCCAUCGGGUUGGAAACCUGGGAUGCCCGUGGAGUUGCCUAUCAAUAUACCAAUGCCCCCACCUGGGUGGAAGCCCGGCGACCCCGUGCCAUUGCCCCCAUUCACGUCUCUUCCGGGUCCGAGGGCCGAUGAGCAGCAAUUGCGGCCCAUUGCUCCUUCUCAGCAUAAGCCACCUGAGACAAUACAGGUUCGGCACGUUGAGCUGGAUAUUCUGGAUCAAGACGAUGACAGCAGUGAUUAUAGUAGUGAGGAUGCAAGCUCUGAGGAUGAUGAUUGAUGGUCAAAAGGCUAGUGCUUUUGAGUUAUUAAGUGUUUGAAGUAGUCUAGGUAAGUUAACUUCUUUAUUGAGUUCGGUUUACAUUUGAACAGAAGUGUAAUGUUGUGAGUUACUCAUGCUGUUCCUUUUGAUUUUAAUGUACAUGUGUGUCCUCUCUCGUUGUCCAA